AUGUCUACCAAGCCGGCGGAUGCCACCCGGCCUCGCGCUGCUGGUGACACCAAGAAGGUUCACAUCGCCGACACCGUGAUGACGCGGCAGAACUGGUAUAAGCAUGUCAACUGGCUGAACGUCACCUUCAUCAUUGGUAUCCCUCUGUACGGAUGUCUCCAGGCUCUCUGGGUGCCCCUGCAGAUCAAGACCGCCGUCUGGGCGGUUAUCUACUACUUCUUCACGGGAUUGGGUAUCACCGCAGGAUAUCAUCGUCUGUGGGCUCACUGCUCGUACUCGGCUCGCCUUCCCCUGCGUAUCUGGCUCGCUGCCGUCGGUGGCGGUGCCGUUGAGGGUUCCAUCCGCUGGUGGGCUCGUGGCCACCGUGCCCAUCACCGCUACACCGACACCGACAAGGACCCCUACUCCGUCCGCAAGGGCCUGCUCUACUCGCAUCUCGGCUGGAUGGUCAUGAAGCAGAACCCCAAGCGUAUUGGCCGGACCGAUAUCUCCGACCUGAACGAGGAUCCCGUCGUCGUCUGGCAACACCGCAACUAUAUCCAGACCGUUAUUGCCAUGGGUCUGGUUGUCCCGAUGCUGGUGGCCGGUCUGGGCUGGGGUGACUGGUGGGGCGGCUUCGUCUACGCCGGUAUCCUCCGCAUCUUCUUCGUCCAGCAGGCGACUUUCUGUGUCAACUCCCUGGCCCACUGGCUCGGUGACCAGCCCUUCGACGACCGCAACUCUCCCCGUGACCACGUGAUCACCGCCCUUGUCACCCUGGGCGAGGGAUACCACAACUUCCACCACGAGUUCCCCUCCGACUACCGUAACGCUAUCGAAUGGCACCAGUACGACCCUACCAAGUGGACUAUCUGGAUCUGGAAGCAGAUGGGUCUGGCCUACGACCUCAAGCAGUUCCGUGCCAACGAGAUCGAGAAGGGUCGCGUUCAGCAGCUCCAGAAGAAGAUCGACCAGAAGCGUGCCCGCCUGGACUGGGGUGUUCCCCUGGACCAGCUGCCCGUUAUGGAGUGGGAUGACUACGUCGACCAGGCCAAGAACGGCCGUGGUCUCGUGGCCAUUGCCGGCGUGGUGCACGACGUGACGGACUUCAUCAAGGAUCACCCCGGUGGCAAGGCCAUGAUCAACUCGGGUAUCGGCAAGGACGCCACGGCGAUGUUCAACGGCGGUAUCUACUACCACUCGAACGCCGCCCACAACCUGCUCUCCACCAUGCGUGUUGGUGUGAUCCGCGGUGGCUGUGAGGUUGAGAUCUGGAAGCGCGCUCAGAAGGAGGGUAGCACCGAGUACGUCCGUGACGCAACUGGUCAGCGCGUCGUCCGUGCCGGCGAGCAGGUCACUAAGAUUCCUGAGCCUAUUCCCACUGCGGAUGCCGCAUAG